ACUACCAAUCUCAAUUUAUUCUGAAAUAUUUUCUGAAACCAGAAACCAAAGAAAUCCAGACCAAACCGAAAUAACCAAACCGGAAUAAACCCCCUAUCAAGUCACAGAAACACUUGAUUCUAAAGAUUGCGAUAGCCGCCGAUAGGCCAAUCACUCUUUUGGCCUUAUCCGAAAUCUUUUUGUGGGCAGAAUCGUCUGUGUCUUAGGCCAAUCUCUCUGUCUCUCUGUCCAGAGAGAAAUGGCAGCUUCAACAGUACCACUCUCGUGCUUCAAACUCAAUCAUCAACCAAACCUUCUUCAUGGCUGCAGCAAAUCAUCUAACCAAACACUUCUUAAAUUCAACUUUUCACCUCUAAAACCUUUCUUGAUCUCCUCACGCAGCGGCUCACGACGUUUCAGAGUCUUGCCAGAGACCAUCAACGUCAAAUUAGAAGAGGAAGAGAAGGAGGAGGAGGAUACUACUGUUGAUCUUGAUCCUCCUGCAGCCAUUAACACUAAGCUCUACUUUGGUAACUUGCCUUACAAUGUUGACAGUGCAACUCUGGCUCAAAUCAUUCAAGAUUUCGCUAACCCUGAGCUCGUUGAGGUUCUUUACAACAGAGACACAGGGCAGAGUCGUGGAUUCGCCUUCGUAACCAUGAGCAAUGUCGAAGAUUGCAACAUCAUCAUCGAUAACCUCGAUGGAACUGAGUAUCUUGGUCGGGCUUUGAAAGUGAACUUUGCUGACAAACCAAAGCCUAAUAAAGAACCUCUGUAUCCAGAAACAGAGCAUAAGCUGUUUGUUGGUAACUUGUCGUGGACUGUUACUUCCGAGUCAUUAGCUGAAGCGUUUAGAGAGUGUGGAGAUGUGGUUGGAGCUAGAGUUGUGUAUGAUGGAGAUACCGGAAGAUCACGGGGUUAUGGCUUUGUGUGUUACUCUUCCAAAGCGGAAAUGGAGACCGCGCUUGAAUCGCUUGACGGAUUUGAGCUUGAGGGUCGGGCGAUUCGAGUAAACUUGGCUCAAGGGAAGAAAUUUUGAUAUCAUACAACAACAUUGUGGAAUCAUUUUGAUUUCUAUACAUUAGAGUUGUGUUUAAAUUGAACUAAUUGACUCAAAGAUCAAUAAAACUUUCUUUGCUAGAA